CCCCUUUCUACACUAGUGUAUCUUAGACCAAACAUUAAACAUGGUGAAUUCUCUGACUCAGAAGAUAAAAUAAUAUGCACCCUUUUUGCUAGCAUUGGAAGCAGGUGGUCAAUAAUAGCAUCUAAGUUACAAGGCCGAACCGACAAUGAUGUAAAGAAUUACUGGAACACAAAACUAAAGAAAAAAUUUAUGUUCAUAAAUCAUUCAAUGGAGAUGAAAUCUCAACAAGUUACCCUUUUAUCCAUCCUUCAAAGUUCAACAUCAACAUCUCAAUCAUUAUCAUUCACAAACAACAAAAACAACUCAUACUAUCAUCACUCCAAUGGUUCUUUCACAAGUUCCUUUUCCAACUCAUCAACCUCUUCAAGUCUUUUAAGUGGAAACUCUUCUACUUCUGCAGCACAAGAAAGUUUGAUUGGUUCAUCUCAGAAGUGUGGUGAUGCAGCUUUUGUAGAGCAGAAUAUUGGUGAUGUUAGUUAUAUCUACAAUGAGGUUGAAGAUAGUGAGAAGUUGAUGUUUUCCAAUGGUGGUAGUGUUAAUGGAUUUUGGGAAGAAAAUCCAUUGGAUUAUGGUGUAAUAAGCACAACUUCUACUAGUAGUUGCAACAACUUUUUGUUUGAUGUGUAAAAGACAGAGGAAAAAGUCAUGAAGUUGUGAUGGAUGAUGUUGACUAUGUUGCUAAAAUGAACAAGAGUUAAAAUUGGACUAAGUUUGUGCUUUUGUGAGAUUGGAUGUAUUGAAUGAACAGAACCACUUUCUUUUGUUUCAUAAUUCAUUUUAGAUUUUGCUCAAAAAAAAAAAAUUAGAUGUUUCCUUUUUUUCAA